UUGUCUUUCUUCCUCUCUCUCUCUCUGACUUAAAACUCUCUUUUCAUUCUCUUCUUUUAUCGUUUUCUUAACUCAGAUCUCUCCCUGCCCCCCUCCCUCUCUCUCCCUCUCUUUAUUUUCUCUCCGGUGAUGAUCAGAUCAGAUCCGGAGGAGAAAUAUUUCACUAACCGUCCGAUGCGUGGACUUUAACUGAGACUGUAAGAUUUCUUUUGAUGGGGCAGUGUUACGGUAAAACCAGUCCAGCUAACGAAAAUGACGCAACAACCUUCACAAUCGUUGCUUCCUCCACCGAUCACAACCAACCAACGUCGUUACCUUCAUCCACCUCGCGUAACGGCGUGCUCUCGGUGAAAAACACUCCGGCGAGGUCCUCCUCUACGCAUCCGAGCCCCUGGCCGAGUACGUAUCCACAUGGUGUGGCCGCAAGUCCGCUUCCCGGUGGAGUGUCGCCGUCCCCGGCGAGGGCGUCGACGCCGAGGAGAUUUUUUAGGAGGCCGUUUCCUCCGCCGUCUCCGGCGAAGCAUAUAGCGGCGUCGUUGGUUAAGAGGCUUGGUGGUGGAGGGAAACCGAAGGAGGGACCGAUUCCCGAGCAUGGUGGAGUGGAGGCGGAGCAGCAGCAACAGCAACAGCAGUCACUGGAUAAGAGUUUUGGAUAUAGCAAGAAUUUUGGAGCUAGGUACGAGCUAGGGAAGGAAAUAGGGAGAGGGCAUUUUGGUCAUACUUGCUCUGCUACGGUUAAGAAAGGUGAACUUAAAGAUCAGACUGUUGCUGUCAAGAUUAUAUCUAAAGCUAAGAUGACAACCGCUAUAUCAAUCGAAGAUGUUCGUAGGGAGGUAAAAAUACUGAAAGGUCUAUCGGGACAUAGGCAUCUGGUCAAAUUUUAUGAUGCAUGUGAGGAUGCCAAUAACGUGUACAUAGUGAUGGAAUUGUGUGAGGGAGGGGAGCUUCUAGACAGAAUUUUGGCAAGAGGAGGAAGAUACACAGAGGAAGAUGCAAAAGCUAUAAUUGUGCAAAUCUUGUGUGUGGUUGCAUUUUGUCACCUUCAAGGCGUCGUACACCGUGAUUUAAAACCAGAGAAUUUCCUCUUCACUUCGGGCAGCGAAGAUGCUGAUAUGAAGCUCAUUGAUUUUGGCCUCUCUGACUUUAUCAGGCCAGAUGAAAGGUUAAAUGAUAUCGUUGGAAGUGCAUACUAUGUUGCACCUGAAGUCUUGCAUAGAUGUUACAGUCUUGAAGCAGAUAUAUGGAGCAUUGGCGUUAUUACCUAUAUCUUGUUAUGUGGAAGCCGGCCUUUCUGGGCACGGACUGAAUCAGGGAUUUUUCGUGCAGUGCUGAGAUCUGAUCCCAACUUUGAAGAUGUACCCUGGCCUUCUGUCACUCCAGAGGCCAAGGAUUUUGUGAAGAGACUUCUGAACAAGGACUACAGGAAAAGAAUGACUGCUGUCCAAGCUCUAACUCACCCAUGGUUGAGGGAUGAUAGCCGACCUAUAAAUUUAGACAUAUUUAUCUACAAGCUAGUCAAGGCAUACCUACAUGCUACACCUUUUAAACGUGCAGCGCUAAAGGCUCUCUCAAAAGCAUUGACGGAGGAUGAGCUUGUCUAUCUCCGAGCUCAAUUUAGUUUGUUGGAACCAAAUGGCGAUGGAAGUGUUUCACUUGAUAAUUUCAGAAUGGCUUUAGUACGCAAUGCAACUGAUGCCAUGAGAGAGUCGAGGGCUCCUGAAAUUCUCAAUGCGAUGGAAUCCCUUGCUUAUAGGAAGAUGUACUUUGAAGAAUUUUGUGCAGCUGCGAUCAGCACCUAUCAGCUAGAGGCUCUCGAGGGGUGGGAGCAGAUUGCCUCCGCUGCUUUUGAGCAUUUUGAACAGGAGGGUAACCGGGUCAUCUCAGUUGAAGAAUUGGCAAGGGAAUUGAACGUGGGCCCUUCAGCCUACACAUUCAUCAAAGAUUGGAUCAGAAACUCGGAUGGCAAGCUUAGUUUAAUUGGAUAUACAAAAUUUUUACAUGGUGUGACGCUUCGUAGCUCAAAUACAAGGCCCCGUUAGUUUAGCUUUUGACAUAUAGGUUUUUUUUUUUUUUUUUUGUUAAAAAAAAGUGUGGCAUUGGAGGAUUUGUUUUUCAUGGGCGGGGUACAAAAAAGCGUGCAUAAGUGAAUAUACUUUUAGCUGAGUCGGUUCUGACAUUGUUGGGGCAAAUCUUUAAUUUAAAGUUUUUUCUUGGAUCAU